AGAAGAAUGCUGAACUAAAAGGUUAAAACACAAGUCCAAAAAGGUUUAUCCAAGGAUCAAAAAGGAUUACAUUUCCUACUCUGGGACAACACACACACAGACAAGCAGACAAACAUCAUGAAUAUAAAAGAAAUACAGCGGCGUAUGUCGGGUUCCUUAGAAAGUAAAAGAGGGGGAAGCGAUCAUUUAGUGACGGUGAGGCGGGGUAGUGAUCAGCUGGUCGCCGUCAGGCGUGGGAGUGAUAAUCUAGGUGGUGGACGGCGGGGGAGUGAACGCCGAGGGAGUAUUUUUGAGGAGCUAGGGAAGGUUAUCCGUGGAAGACAGAGCAGGAAUAGUGUUGACAGCGGAGCUUCCUCCUGUAGUGAACCCAGAUCCUCGUCUUACAGGAUUGUCAUCCUGGGAAGUCCUAGAAGUGGUAAAACCUCGAUAAUAUCACAAUUUCUUUAUGAUACGUUCCCUACGUCAUACAGGGAGACAGUAGAGGAGAUGUAUAGGGGUGAGUUCGAAAUCGGAGGAGGAGAAUUAUCUUUAAAUAUACAGGAUACUGGAGGAUGCUAUGUUUAUGAGUUUCCUUCAAUGAUCCGUGUUUCUCUAUACUCAGCUGAUGCUGUGAUUAUCGUCUUCAAUCUUAGCGAUCCUGAAACUUUUGACGAAGCUGGAAGACUGAGAGAUCUAGUUUUGGAGGCCAAAGGUCCUGACACUCCUAUAGUUAUUGUUGGGAACAAGUUGGAUUUAGUGAGAGAGCUACCGAAGGAGGAGACAGAGGCAGUUGUAACCCUGGACUGGGAGAAUGGUUAUGUGGAGUGCAGUGCUAAGGAAAACCAGAACAUUUCCGCCAUCUUUAAAGAGUUGUUGAACCAAACCAAAUCCAGUUGUGUCGAAAUCAACAAACCUCUGGUGGGAAAGAUUGGAACUAUUCAUGGCUCUAUGCCAUCCAUCAACAUGAAAAGACGACAAUCUAUGCCCAUGGUGCCAGCAUUUCACAGAGUAGCGAGGGAGGGAGGGUCGGGCACCUCUACACCACACACAACAAGGAGAAGCUCACUAGCCGCAACCUUUAAACGCGAUUCCUGCAGAGUUUCAUAAUCAUUCAACAGAUCACGCUCUCCGAUUCUAGCGGGUUAUAUUAAACUUAAAACAACAUAAUGAUUGUGCGCCAUAUUUUCGUGUCACAACCAGGAUCAAAUCUAUCAAAAGAAUUAAUUAUAUCGAACAUAUAAUGUUAAUGUUACAAUUUCUGCACAAUUAUUAUGCCACAUAUUGUAAUUUUUUAAUUUGUAAAAUUUUGUAAAUCUAUUUAUCUUCCAUCAGUUUGAACUAGGGUUUACACCGAAUUAAACUUUUCGCGAAAAAAUGCGAAAAUUUUCGC